ACGACCAAGUGAACGGAUGUUGAAAACGGAAAAACGCAUAUUAUAGUUUUUCAUACUAAAUAACACUGUUAUUGUAAUAAUCAUAUCUGGAAAUUAAAAAAAAAAAUUAAAUAAUAAAAAGUUUUUUAAAAUUUAUUAAAUUAAAAUUUCUUUUUUUAAAAAAAGUUAAAAAAUUAAGUGCUAAAAGUUAAUACAACUAAUCAAUUUUCCUACAAAAAUUUAUGGAAAAUUUUACUUGUAUUUCAAUAUUGUAUACAUGAAAACGUGACUUGUUGAAUAACAACAAAUAACAACAACAAAAGUUUUACUAAAAUAGAAAUCACGUUGUUUAACAUUAACAUUAACAAAACAAAACCAAAAUUAUAAAUAUAUUCCAAUACAAAUCCAAAUCAAUUAAUUAAAAUUAAAUAAAAAUUCUUAAUAUUGAACAAACAAAAAACACCACAAAUAUUAAGUGACAAGUGACAACAAGAAGUAAAUCGCAGACAAUGGAAAAAUUGGAAAACUAAAAGCUUGCGUCAUUAAAAAUACAAUAGCAAGAAAAGCUUUAUUUUAAACUUGAAAAUUUAAAUAAAUUAAUAGUUGUAAGAAAAAAAAAACAACAAAUACAACUAAAUAAACAACUAUCUACUAUUAUUAACUAAACACCCUAUAUGUGCAUUUAACUUUUUAUCACCAAAAGCUUUUAACUACUAUUUCAAGUUGGCCACUGGAUUUAGUUCCGGAAAUUGAAAUUUUUUAACUGAAAACAAAUAAAUUUUGGGAUUAUUUAUUUUUCAACAACUAAAGAGAAAAUUUGCUCCCAUUUUAUUUUGAAAGAAUUUAUCCAAAUGAAUUCCACCGAUGAGGAUCAUAAACUACAAACGUAAUUUCGCAUCAAUUUUGUAAUGGACUGGUUAUUGGCAACACCACAACUUCAUAGUGCUUUCUCAUCAUUGGGCUCCCUUGAGGGAGAAGCUUACGUUGUUAGCGCUAACGCAUUAGCCACACUGGAGGAAAUAAAUUAUAAACUCACUUAUGAAGAUCAAACUUUGCGGACCUUUCGAAGAGCUAUCGGUUUCGGCAAAAAUGUCCGAUCCGAUUUAAUACCCUUGCUUGAGAAUACCAAGGAUGAAGACAUUUUGGAUUCGGUUAUACGUAUAUUGGUAAAUUUAACCGUACCCGUUGAGUGUCUCUUCUCAGUUGAUGUCAUGUAUCGCACCGAGGUGGGCAGACAUACGAUAUUUGAAUUGAAUAAAUUAUUGCACACUAGCAAGGAAGCCUUCACCGAUCCGAAGAGUACGAAAUCGGUAGUCGAUUACAUGAAGCAUAUACUGGAGUCCGAUUCAAAGUUGUCACCGAAAAAAUGCGAUCAAAUCAACAAUUGCCUGCUGUUGCUGAGGAAUAUUCUGCAUAUUCCCGAAUCGAAUGCAAACUAUUUAAUGCCUUCGACUUCGCACAAUCAUCCGGGCGGUACACAUCCAGUUUCUAUGCAAAAUGCCAUCUUGUGGAACCUGUUCAUACAGAGCAUAGACAAGUUACUGUUGUAUCUUAUGACCAGCCCGCAGCGCGCUUUCUGGGGUGUAACCAUGGUGCAAUUGAUAGCCUUGAUUUAUAAAGAUCAACAUGUCAGCACUUUGCAGAAGUUAUUAAAUUUAUGGUUUGAGGCUUCGCUGUCGGAAAGUUCGGAGGACAAUGAAAGUAAUACAUCACCGCCGAAACAGGGCAGUUGUGAUUCUAGCCCCAUGUUGACGUCAGAUCCCACCUCUGAUUCAUCCGAUAAUGGUAGUGCUGGUAGUAAAAAUGGUAAUUCCGAAGAUCGUCGUCAAGCUUUGCGCGAAGAAACCGAGGCCACUUUACAAGAGGUGAGUCGUAAGGGUCAAGAAUACCAAGACUCUAUGUUGAGAGUACCGGCCGACAAAGUCGAUAGUUCCGAAGGAGCCAGCGAUGUGGGCGCCACCGAUUGUGAAGAAGUUUUUACUUUGAAAAAAACUCAACAGGGCAGUGAAAUUAUGGAAAUGGCCGAGGACGAAAAUGCUCGUCAAUCAGCUGAAAACGUCUUAGAUCCCACCAGCAAUAAUUUCGAACCAGAAUUGUCGGAGGAAAAAUCCACAACCACAAAACAAAAACAACAAUUACAACCAGCUGAACAAGAUUCUAGCACUUCCAAUUUGGCCGAUGCUGCCAAUUUCAUGCCACCGCCGGCAUUACCUCUUAAGAGCUCCACGCUAACAGCGAAAACACGCGUUAUUGAUAAAGAAUUAAUGAACGCCACGCCUAAAGCGUGUCAAAAGUCACCCCACUCGGGUCAUGUCAAACUAACAAUGGGUAAUUGUGGUCCCCAGAAAAGAGAGUGUCCCUCAUCACAAUCCGAACUUUCAGAUUGUGGUUACGGUACCCAAGUCGAAAAUCAAGAAUCGAUUUCAACUUCCAGCAAUGAUGAUGAUGGUCCACAAGGUAAACCCCAACAUCAGAAACCACCCUGCAGUUCGAAGGCUAGAAACAAGCAUCGAAUUGUUUUGACCGUCAUCGACAAGAAAGAACUGAGACGUAAGAAAUUGGUGAAAAGAAGCAAAAGUAGUUUAAUUAAUAUGAAGGGUCUAGUACAACAUACACCCACAGAUGAGGACAUAUCCAAUCUCCUUAAGGAAUUUACCGUAGACUUUUUACUUAAAGGCUAUGGUUAUCUAGUGGAGGAAUUACACUCUCAAUUAUUAACAAAUCUCAAAAUUCCCAUUGAUACAUCACAUUUCUUUUGGUUGGUUACGUAUUUCUUGAAAUUUGCCGCCCAACUGGAACUUGAUAUGGAACACAUAAAUACCAUUCUCACCUUUGAUGUCAUCAGCUAUUUAACGUACGAGGGUGCCAUGUUAUGCGAACAAUUGGAAUUGAAUUCACGACAGGAGGGCAGUGAUUUGAAACCAUAUUUACGUCGUAUGCAUUUAGUCGUUACCGCAAUACGGGAAUUUUUGCAAGCAAUAGAAACUUAUAAGAAAGUAACGCACUUGAGCGAUGAGGAUCGUGAACGUUUGCGUCUGUUGCAAUUGCAAAUCAGCAGUACCGAAGAUUUGCGGAAUUUGUUCGUGUUGCUGUUGCGUCGCUUUAAUCCCAGCCUGCAUACGAAACAAUAUUUACAGGAUUUGGUGGUUACAAAUCAUAUAUUGCUGUUGAUUUUGGACGGUGUUACAAAAUCGAAUAGUAAUAUUCAUAUAAAGAUGAUUGAGCACAUAUCACAAUUUGCUACUUUGGAAAUAAUGCACUUCUAUGGAAUGCUUUUAGAGGAUUUCAAUAAUAAUGGAGAAUUUGUCAACGAUUGUAUUUUCACCAUGAUGCAUCAUAUUGGUGGUGAUUUGGGACAAAUUGGUACCCUCUUUCAGCCGGUCAUAUUGAAAACAUAUUCACGUAUAUGGGAAGCCGAUUAUGAGCUAUGUGAUGAUUGGUCCGAUUUAAUUGAAUAUGUUAUACACAAAUUCAUGAAUACACCACAAAAAAGUCCCCUAACUUUGCCGUCUACAUCGCUGACAGAACUAACUAAAGAACUUAAUAUGGAAACUACAAUGUGCACUUGGACUCAAGAGGAAAUGGACACCCUGUAUUGGUACUAUGUACAAAGCAAGAAGCACAAUGAUAUAGUGGGCAAGAUUGUCAAACUCUUUUCCAACAAUGGCAACAAACAAAAGUCCAGAAUAUCGAUUAUUCAGCAAUUAUUGCAACAGGAUAUUAUUACUUUGGUGGAAUAUGAUGAUUUAAUGAAAUUUGAGGAUGCUGAAUAUCAGCGUACUUUAUUAAAAACACCCACAUCGUGCACUACCGAAUCGGGUAUUGAUAUAAAGGAUACACCCAUCAAAGGCAAACCUUCUGAUGACAUACAGGUACAUACUAGUUUUGGGGUAAUAUAUGGGGAGUUUUGUUUUAUUAUUAACACUGUGUUAUACUUUCAGAUUUUGCGGGAUUUAAUUAUCAUGGAAAAGAAAGGGCAACAUCUUGUUUGGCUGCAGAAAAUUUUACUCGAAUGCUGUUAUAUUAAGCUGAUUUUGAAAAAUAAUCCAUUGCGCGAAGAUCAUCAGAAUUUGAGUUUUGUUAUGGAACCAGUGGCUUAUCAUUGCAUAUUAAAAAACAAUUCCAUACCCGUGGUGCAGUGGAACAAUGAGCAGGCCACAACAAUGCUGUAUCAACCAUUUGUCUUGCUCUUGCAUAAAUUGGGCUUUCAGUUGCCAGCCGAUGCCGGUUCAGUGUUUGCACGUAUACCAGAUUUUUGGACACCCGAAAUUAUGUUCAACUUGGCCAAGAAACUGGGACCCUUGGAAAAAUUGUUUAUCAAAUUCGAUGUUCAUCAAUUUGACAUUGUCGAAAACGAUACGGAAGUGCAUUCAACAUCGUCUAGAUCACAUUAUGAUAUAAACACAGCACGCAACUCGUUGAGUUCAAUUUCAAGCCUUGAAGUGGAUGUAAAUGACAGCGAUGAAUUGCCUCCAAUACCCGAAGUAGAUGAUGUAUUAGAGAAAUCAUCACAGGCCAGUGAGAUAUUUGCCAUGCCCAAUGCUAAACAAUGUAAUUCGAUAAUAAGAUAUACACCUGAACCGUCGGCAAGACCCACUAUUCCCAAUUGGCUGCAAUUGGUAAUGCGCAGCAAAUGCAACAACUCGAAUUGCAGCAGCACAACCACAAAUGCUGCCACUGCAUCAGCCAGUUUAGCUAAUUUAGCAACAAAUGCCUGUAAUGAAUCAGACAUCUGGAUGUCCAAUGGCAAAAAUGCAACUCUACCCGUCAAUAGCGGUGCUACAGCAGCAGCAGCAUCGGCGGCAACAACAACAACAACCACCACCAAAGCAAACAACAGUAAUUUGGUAGAGACAAAAGUGUCUAGCAACACAACAAGCUCAACACUAGCGAUGGCAGCAGCAACAAGUGCGAUCUUACAUACAACAACAGCGGCAGCAACACCGUUACCAUGUCCAUCAAUCAACCAAAUAAUUGGUCUACAACAUGAAAUGGGCAACAAUGAUGGUGGUGCGAAAUUGCAGACAACAAAACAGAAAUUGACAUUUUCAGCAUCAUUAAAUACGCUGACGACAACAGCAUUAACAGUGGCAACAACCACAAUAACAACUACCGCUCUAGACAUACCACUAUCAACAACAUUAUUAACACCAGCAAUAUCGGCAGCAACAGCUGCCGAUGCAGCUGUCGUAGUAGCACCAUCAUCGCUGGUAACCAUAGCAACAAUGCCAGCAAUCAAUAGUGCAGUAACUUCGGAGACAGCAGCUUUGGCUGUCAGUUUCAAAGAUUAUCAGCAACAGCAACAACACCAGCAGCAACACCAGCAGCAACAGCAACAUAACCAUAAUAUUAUUAGCCAACAGUCGUUACAACAAUUACAACUGUUACAACAAAUGCAGGAACAACAACAACAAGCUCAUAUUACCUACAUCAAUCACAGCGAUGAUGAUGACUCUGCUAUGAGAUCAUUGGAGCGUAAUGACUCUUCGGCCUCAUCUGGUUUCUAUACACGCAGUGGCAGCGGCAAUUUGGAACAAGAAUUAUGCGCCAUGGUUGCAUCAGCUUAUGAACAAGAAAAUGCCAACAGUGAUAGUGCCUCCGUUGCCUCCGAUCUGACACGCAUGUAUGUCAGCGAUGAGGAGCAUGAAUAUCGUGUGGCUCAUUAUCAUUAAAUACAGGCAAAACAGUAAAAUUCAACUAAAUGAUUUGAACUAAAGCCCGGGAGACACAUUGGAAACGAUUGGCCUUCAACAUAAAAAAAGGAUAGAUAAAUUUUGAAAUUAAUUUAUUUAGAGAUUUAAAGUGCAAAACCGAAAAACGUAAUGAAAUAAAACCAAUUCUUAUUAUUAAUAUUAUACAAGAAACUAUAUUUUUAUAUUAAACUAUAAAACGAAUAUAAGAAAAACAGAAGAACAAAAUAAUUAGCGUAAAAUUAUUUAUAAAAAUUACAAUAAAUUUACAAUUAUAAACAUAACAUUAAAUAAAGAAAUAAAUAUAUUUACAAAGCCCCUUAUCGUAUAACCCCUCCCACGACCGGAAACGAAAAUGUAUUAAAGAGACUGUGAUUGACAAAAUUCAAAUGUUAAAGUUUGUCCGCUACCAAAACUAUGCCUAACUAUUAUUUACUAUGACUUUGAUUAACUAUUUUUUAUUUAUUGAACUUAAAAAGAGAAUUAAUUGACUUUGAGAUAAUUUUUAUCAUAUUCAUUUAAUUAAAGAUUUUUAUUGAUUUGAUUAAUGUUUUAAUUGUUUACAUUUGACCGAUAAUGCCUACAAAAGAGACCUUUGACUGUUACUAAUAUUAAGAAGUGGGCUGGGCUAUACACUCAACUCAUAAUCGGUACCUAACGAUUGUUAUACAAUAACAUAUUUAUUAUGCUUUACAUUGGACUUUUUCUCAGUGUAGAAUUAAUUAAGUGUUAGUUUUUAUUUUUAUUUUUCAAAAGAUCUCAUUUUGAGAUGCAUGUAUUUUUAUCAAUUUAUGUGAAUUAUUUAGAGCAUUAAUUAAUGUAUAUUUUUUAAAAAUAAAAACAAUGCUAUGAAAGAAAUCUUUAAUGGGUCCAUUAUGGAUGGCAACCGAACUACAGUUGCGUUGUCAGUUGCUAAAAUGUUAUUACAGAUGGCAACUGGCAGCUAUCAUUUCUGUUGUCAAACUGGCAACCAGAAAUUUGUGGUUGCCCUCUGGCAACGCAACUUAAGUUCGGUUGGCAUCCAUAAUCGAUCCAUAAAGAAAAUAAGAUGCUUGUCAAAAUGAUAAGGUCACGUAAUUUUCGUUCUGUUUAUCCCUAAAUACAAAUAGUUUUGAUUUUUUUUAUUGGGUAAAAUACUUGUUGCUCAAAAGCUAAGCAGAUAAUAACUAUACAUAUGUAUUUUUGAAUAAACAGAUCGAAAAGUAUGUGACCUUAUCAUUUUGACACGCACCUUAUGUCAAUGUUUUUUUGAAAUGAAACAUUUGUGGUAUUAAAAGAAAUAAAAAUAUAAUAAAAUUAAGAAUAAUAAAUAAAUAUAUGUUUAAUUUAAGUUAAAAAAAAGUAUAAAAUAAAAAUAUGAUAUAUUUAUUUACAUUAAAUUUACAUAUUAAAUAAA